AUGGUACAGUUCAUCCACCAAAAUCCCAACAACCUCACCUUGAGCGAUGCGGAUCGCCGGGUUGUGCGGAAAGUUUCCAACAGAGCUGCAGCAGCGACACGGAAAGCCAAAGGCACGACAGCAAGAACCAACGCCUUGCAACUACCAGACUUUCUAGUUACCGAAACGAAAGCCGUCACUGAUCCCAACCCUCGCCCACCUCCCGCCCGAGAGAAUGCUGAAUGUAUCCAGCUUCAGCAAUCGAAGCAAGCGCCAUUCGAUCAGGCUCUUGCGUCUUACCGACACCCUUCUCCUUUAGGCCGAUCUGCCAAACGGAGCUACCAUGCUUCUAUUGCAUCGCCAUUGUCUCUCUGGCCAAACAAACGCAAUUCUCCCGAAUACGUAUCCUUAUUAAUGCAGCCUGGGCUAUCCCAGAAGCUACUCCUCGAUGCUUCGAGUGUGGGCAUAAACUCCGACCCACGGCGGUGGGUGAAAAUAUGUCGGCUAACGACCAUCUUGCAAUUUCUUCCUCGAAUGAUUGGCCACAGCCAGUGCCUAGAUUAUGCUAUCGACUGCCUUGCCGAACGCGUUCGUCAGUGUUGCGUUCAAAGCCUGGACAGAGAGCUGGCCCUAACUCAAUUGGAGAAGCGCUACGGCCGCGCCCUGCAAUGUCUGCAGAACGCUCUCAACUCGUCGAGAAGCAUCGAUUGGACCGUAUGGUAUACGACACUAUUACUAACUCUGUUCGAGCUACUCGACAACUCGGGUCAUCAUGCAUGGAUUUUGCACUCCCAGGGCGCGAAGCACAUUUUAUUGACACUAGGUCCAAACAACAUUAAGACAGAGUUCAAAAAAAUCCUUCUCGCAGCGCAAUGCCAGAUUAUGACUGUGGAAGCCACUUUCAUCAACCAAGACUGCUUUCUGAGCAGCCCAGCCUGGCAGCAAGCUCUUCGGUCGACGAUAACCCAAAAUGGCCUUCUCCCAGAUCGUUCAGAAUCAGUCCUGACAAUGUGGAUGAUGACGACUCGCGCCCCUGAGUUGUACAGGAGAUCAACAGAGGCCAUCUUGCACUGCCACCCUCCCGAACAGACUUUGAGGGUUGCAGCCGAGUUAUGCGCUCUAAUUGAAGAAUACUCCAAAUGGAGGGAAAAGUGGGAGGCAAUCCUGGUUGGCAGCGGCGACUCCGGACAUGACGGCAGCUGCACUGAUGAGGCGGCUUUGACCGGGGCUGGCCCUACAAUUUAUCCCAUAUUCCUGGCCUUCUGGGCCCUAACCAACCGAUUUCUCGUUGCCAUACAGCCAUCCCGAGCUUCUGUUGCGGAGGCUAAUGCAAUCAACGCAGCUCUACGCAUAAUCGAAUUCGACCGGCUCCGAGAGACAGAUUCAGUGACAGAUUUGUGCAGAACCUUUUCGGCAAGUAUUGCUCGCUCGAUUAAGCUUACGAACUUAGAAUGGUCGGUGCAACAGCGUGUGUCUCGCACCUCCCAGACGAUCGAGCCGCGAAUAUUUUUACGCUGGUGUACCCUACUUGGGCGGGCCACAGAGUAA